CAGGUUGAAGAGACUCACAACUUCAUGGUUUUCGUUCGCCGUUUGGAGACACCCUCCGAUGAAGAAAUCGGGCAAUGCGCUCUUUUAAUGCGAAAUGCUUUUCGGUCGGUCACGUAUGAUACUUUUGGAGACUCUCUCGUCGGCGGCGACAAAUCCUUGGACAUUCUUCUCCACCAAGCUGCCUUGGGCGCUGCAGUUGCGGAAGGAGAGCUUUGGGUUGCUGGUCCUGCCGAACAAGAAAUUGGCGCAGUUGCUAUCUGGUUCCCACCCCAAACCGACUAUCUUAUCACCGAGAAACAGCGUGCGGCAGGCUGGUACGAGCUAGAGGCGAAAUUUUCGCCAGAGCUCAAAUCAUGGUAUUCAGAAUAUUUCGUCCCGCGGAUGGCGGCUUGGAGCACUGAGUGUCUAGGAAAAGACACCCAGCUUAACUCCUGGCGCCUGUUUAUUCUGGCUACAAGCCCAAACCACCAGAAGAAAGGUCUUGCUGGCGCUCUUAUCGAGGCUGUCGAAGCCAAGGCAAAGGCAGAAGGCACUCCGAUGUGUUUGGAGACCUCGAAUGCACCAAAUGUUGCAUUCUACAUCAACCGUGGCUUCAGGGUUCGAGGCACAAUCAACCUAACAGGAGCAGGCGGAGACCACGUCCUCACUUGUUUUUCUAAACCAUAG